AUCGAAGCGAUUAUGCGACAGCGCACGAACACCUAGCACUUCCAAUAAAUUCCAUGUACAAUCAAUUCAUAUGCACAAUACUUUUUGGCACUUAUAUGCCCGAUCGAGCACCACAUGAAGUUAUUCCCGAUGCUUUCGAAGAACAAUAUACAAUGAUUGCUCACUAG